AUGAAGAAUUAGGAGAAUAAUAUACUAAGAGUUAAAUCCUAUGAAAUUUAUAUGGAUAGAAAAAUUGGAGAAGGACAGUUUGGAAUUGUUUAUUAAUGUUAAGACAAUUCUAAUCCAGAAUUAAAAUUAUGUGCAAAAGUAUGGAUAUAAAUAAUAAUAAAGUUAAUAAGAGAGAACUUAUAGGAUCCAAAAAUAAAAGGAGAGAUUAAAUUAAUGGAANAAUAAUUGGAAUAAUAUAUAAAUAAAUGA